UCGUUACAUAGAACAACAACACCACCAAAAUCACGUGUUCCUUUGAACGAUUAAAAAAACCCAAAGUGUUGUCGAGAGUUUCAUCACAAAAAAGAAGAAGAAAAACAACGUCAAAGAAAUCAAAAACAUCAAAAUUUCUUGUUUUUGAAUGGCAACUCGUGUGGUCCCACAAAAAAUCAUCAAGAAUCUCCGUUUCAAAACCACCACAAAACCAUUAAACUCCUCCCAUCCUUCGGCCACCGCCGCCGUCGCUUCCCUUCUCGAAAGAGAACAACCUUCUCCACCACAACCGUCACACCAACAACCAUCUUAUCUUGACCUAAACGACGGUGAGAGAUUAUUCUCAGCUGUUCCAACGUCCACGCUGAUAAGAUCCUCAGCCGUUCUGCAUGCAACGGCUAUAGGACCUGUAGUGGACGUUGGAAUAUGGGCUAUGCAAUCAAAAUUGUUACAAACGGGAAUCUUGAAAGAUGCAGUUAUGGCAGUUACAAAGAGAACAUUCUAUGAACAUUUUUGUGCUGGAGAAGAUGCUAUUACUGCUGGAAAGAGUAUAAGGUCUGUUAAUGAAGCUGGCUUACGUGGCAUGCUUGUUUUUGGUGUUGAAGAUGCACAUGAGAAUGAUGGUUGUGAUCGUAAUCUUAAAGGGUUUCUUCAUACUGUUGAUGUUAGCAAAUCACUUCCUCCUUCUUCUGUGAGUUUUGUGAUUGUGAAAAUCACUGCAAUAUGUCCAAUGGCAUUACUAGAAAGAAUAAGUGAUCUUCUAAGAUGGCAACAAAAAGACCCUUCAUUCAAUUUACCAUGGAAACAAGAUUCUCUACCAAUUUUCUCUGAAUCAAGUCCAUUAUACCACACUACAAAAAAACCAGAACCAUUAACACCACAAGAAGAAAGUGAUUUUCAACUAGCAAACCAAAGAUUACAACAACUUUGUAAAAAAUGUGUUGAAGCAAACAUGCCCUUAUUGGUUGAUGCUGAACACACUACUGUUCAACCAGCUAUUGAUUACUUCACAUACUCUUCAGCAAUUAUGCAUAAUAAAGAUGAUAAUCCUAUUGUGUUUGGAACAAUUCAAACUUAUUUGAAAGAUGCUAAGGAGAGAUUGUUUCUUGCAACACAAGCUGCUGAAAAAAUUGGAAUUCCUAUGGGAUUUAAGUUGGUUAGAGGUGCUUAUAUGUCUACGGAAAGUACAUUGGCUGAAUCUUUUGGGUCUAAGUCACCAAUUCAUGAUACUAUUAAAGAUACACAUAAUUGCUUCAAUGAUUGUUCAUCUUAUUUGCUUGAGAAGUUUGCUAAUGGAAAAGGAUCUGUUGUUCUUGCUACACACAACAUUGAAUCAGGGAAAUUGGCAGCAGCAAAAGCAUAUGAAAUUGGGAUUGGAAAAGUGAACCAUAAGCUUGAAUUUGCACAACUAUGUGGAAUGUCAGAUGCACUUUCAUUUGGUUUGAGCAAUGCUGGAUUUAGAGUAAGCAAGUAUAUGCCAUUUGGACCAGUUGAGAUGGUUAUGCCUUAUCUAUUGAGAAGAGCUGAAGAAAAUAGAGGCCUUUUGGCUGCUUCUGGAUUUGAUAGGCAACUCAUAAGAAGAGAGCUUGGAAGGAGGCUUAAAGCUGCAAUAUUUUAAGAGCUUUAGCAAUGUUAAUAGUAAAAAUCAUGUCUUGUAAUUAGGCAAGCAUCAUGAUUUUUUUUUUAUUAUUAUUUAUUUUGUAAAAAUUAAAGAAUGCUGUAAUUUGAUGAAAUUGGAAUUUCAAUGAAAUGAAUUUUGAAUUA